GCCUGUGAACUACCAUCCAUCAAUAUUAGCAAUUGCAAAAAAAAUCUUCUUUCUUCUUCACACAACAAAAAUGGCUAACGAUGAGGUAGUUUUGUUGGAUUUCUGGCCUAGCAUGUUUGGUAUGAGGCUAAGGAUUGCAUUAGCUGAAAAAGAGAUAAAAUAUGAGUCCAAAGAAGAGGAUUUGAGGAACAAAAGCCCUUUGCUUUUACAGAUGAAUCCUAUCCACAAGAAAAUCCCAGUUUUGAUUCACAAUGGAAAACCCAUCUGUGAGUCUCUUAUUGGAGUUGAGUAUAUUGACGAAGUGUGGAAGGAUAAAGCUCCUUUGCUCUCUUCUGAUCCUUAUGAGAGAGCACAAGCUAGAUUCUGGGCUGACUACAUUGACAAGAAGGUGUAUGAUUCCUCAAGGAAGAUAUGGACUACAAAGGGAGAAGAGCAGGAGGCAGCUAAGAAAGAAUUCAUAGAAGUCCUUAAAGUACUGGAGGGAGCACUAGGCGAGAAGCCUUACUUUGGAGGGGAUAACUUUGGCUUUGUGGAUAUUGCUCUAAUUGGUUUCUACACCUGGUUUCUUGCUUAUGAGACUUAUGGUAAUUUCAGCACAGAGGCUGAGUGCCCAAAGUUUGUGGCUUGGGCCAAGAGGUGCUUGCAGAGGGACAGUGUGGCCAAGUCUUUGCCUGACCAACAUAAGGUCCUUGAGUUUGUAAAAAUUCUUAGGGAGAAGUUUGGAAUUGAAUAAGCAUAUGCUUUAUGCAAUUAUGCAUCAUAAUGUAUUAAGAAAAAGGCACUUUGCUGUGCCUUCUUGAGUUGUUUCUAGAUUUGAAAUGUUUGGUCAUAGUGUAAGUCUGUUCUACCUUUACUUGUAAUAAAGACUCUUAGGUCUGUCUCAUUGUAUGUUGGCUUUUGUAAUGAGAAGUUAUCACUUUUUCCA